UGGCCGCGCGCGUCGCUUCCUUGGUUCCCGCCGCUGCGAGCCCGCUCCCGCCCCCGGGCCGGCCGCCGCUACGUUAGGCCGAGGAUUGGCAGCGCGCGUAGGCCGCGCCGCCGCUGAUGGAGCCGGAAUAAAGGGGUGGCCCAGAGAGCAGUUGGUCACCGCUCGUCCCGCGCCUAGCCCUUCGGGCAGCCUGGAGCAGGUGUCAGGAUGCUGGGCUGGGUCCAGAAGGUGCUUCCUCAGCCCCCGGGGACCCCUCAGAAGAGCAAGAUACAGGAAGAAGAGGAAGCAGAAGCAGAGCCAGAGCUGGUGCUGGAGCCUGAUCCUGAAGCAGCCCCUGAGGAGGCUGAGCCAGAGGGAGACUCUCUGUCACCUGAAGAACUUGCUAAUGGGGAACAAGUGGCUGCGGCUGACCCCAGCCUUCAGGAGACCCCCGAUGCUGCCCCUCCUCUGCCCACAGCCCUCCAGGCCCAGGUCACAGUGGUUCCCGUUGUGAACAGCUCCAGCAGCUGGGUGCUGACCUGGCUCAGGAAGAGUGUCGAGAAGGUUGUGCCACAGCCUGUCUGCAGUGAUAGGAAUGGCCAGAACACUGCUACUGACACAGGGUUUCCAGCUCAGGAUGGACCACAGGUCGUUGGGCCCUGCAGCACUGGGGACACAGAUGGACAUAAUGUGAUCCCCAGAGCCCAAGAUGCCAGGUCUGGUCCUUGGCUGCUCAGGUGGCUUGAGCAGAAUCUGGAGAAAGUGCUGCCUCAGCCCCCAAAACUCUCUGAGGGUUGCAGGGCUGAACCUGUAGAUGCUGUCUUGUGUCCAGAACCUCCAGCACCCACCCUGGAGACGGAACUCAUGGAGAGCCCUUCCCUGCCCAGUCCUGGGUUCUUAGAAGCUGAGAUGGAGCCAGUUGCAGAGCCCCAGCCCAACGUCCAGGUCCCCGUCCAGGUCCCCUUCCUGCCACCCCCUGGGGACCCUGCCAGGUUGAUGGCAUGGCUCCUGCACAGGCUGGAGAUGGCCCUACCACAACCAGUGCUCAAUGGGAAAGCUGGGAAUCAGGAGCCUGAUUCACCUGAGACAUGUGACGUGCAGACCAUCAGCAUCCUCCCCAUGGAGCAGGUGGAGCCUGACCUCGUCCUCGAAGACUUUGACCCUCACUGGGAGGAUGCUGAGCGGGACAACGGCAGCAACCCUCAAGAGAUAGAGGCAGCUCCAACGUAUGAGGAAGAGAACGAGGCUGUGGUGGAGAUGCCCAGGAAGCUGUCCCUAAUUCAAGAGGAAAAAGAAGAGGAGGAUGGCGAGGAGGAGGAAGAGAAGGAAGAGGAGAAGCAGGAGGAGGAGAAAGAGGAAGAAGAGGAGGAGAAAGAGGAAGAAAAGGAGGAGAAAGAGGAAGAAAAGGAGGAGGAGAAGCAGGAGGAAGAGAAAGAGGAAGAGAAGGAGGAGGAGAAGGAGGAGGAGGAAGAGAAAGAAGAAGAGAAGGAGGGAGAGAAAGAAGAAGAGAAGGAGGAAGAGAAAGAGAAAGAGAAGAAGCAGGAGGAGGAGGAGCGGGGGCCUGACUCUCUGGAUCUCAGUGUCCUACUGGAUAGCUGUUUGGUGGUACAGGAGGGUGUGAACCAGAGCGACGUAGGGACCCAGUGCCAGAAGACCUCGCUGCAGGAGCAGCCGGAGGAGGUGGUGGCUGCCUGCUCAGCAGUGCCUGCCACAGAAGAGCACCCCGAAGUACAGGUGGAAGACACGGAUGCCGAUAGCUGCCCUCUCAUCGAGGAGGAGAAGCCGUCCUCGCCUGGGCUGCCACCGCCUUCGCCUGCCAAAUCCGACACACUCGCUGUCCCAGGCUCGGCCGCAGGGGCCCACAGGAAGAAGCUGCCCUCGCAGGAUGAUGAGACUGAAGAGCUCACGGCACUGUCACCAGCUAAGUCCCCAGCAAUCAUCUUCUCUGAUCCCACCACCCCACAGGAGGCUGAAGACCAGAACCGCCCAGUCUCCACGGCCAGCCAGAACAGCGCCAUCAUCAAUGACCGGCUCCAGGAGCUGGUGAAACUCUUCAAGGAGCGGACGGAGAAGGUGAAGGAGAAACUCAUCGACCCUGACGUCACUUCUGAUGAGGACAGUCCCAAGCCCUCCCCUGUGAAGAAAGCCCCUGAGCCAGCCCCCACCGCGAAGCCAGCUGAGGUAGAGCAGGAGGAGGAGCACUACUGCGACAUGCUCUGCUGCAAGUUCAAGCGCCGGCCCUGGAAGAAGUACCAGUUCCCCCAGAGCAUCGACCCCCUGACCAACCUGAUGUACAUCCUGUGGCUGUUCUUCGUGGUGCUGGCCUGGAACUGGAACUGCUGGCUGAUUCCUGUGCGCUGGGCCUUCCCCUACCAGACACCUGACAACAUCCACCUGUGGCUGCUGAUGGAUUACCUGUGCGACCUCAUCUACCUCCUGGACAUCACCGUCUUCCAGAUCCGCCUGCAGUUCGUCAGAGGCGGGGACGUCAUUACGGACAAGAAGGAGAUGCGAAAUUACUACCUAAAGUCUCGCCGAUUUAAGAUGGAUGUGAUCUGCCUCCUGCCCUUGGAUUUCCUCUACUUGAAAUUCGGUGUGAACCCCCUCUUCCGCCUGCCCCGCUGUUUAAAGUACAUGGCCUUCUUUGAGUUUAACAGCCGCUUGGAAGCCAUCCUCAGCAAAGCCUACAUCUACAGGGUCAUCAGGACCACAGCCUACCUGCUCUACAGCUUGCACCUGAACUCGUGUCUUUAUUACUGGGCCUCAGCCUUUGAGGGCAUCGGCUCCACUCACUGGGUUUAUGAUGGCGAAGGAAACAGUUACAUUCGCUGCUACUACUGGGCCGUGAAGACCCUCAUCACUAUCGGGGGGCUGCCUGACCCCCAGACGCUCUUUGAAAUUGUCUUCCAGCUGCUGAACUAUUUCACCGGUGUCUUCGCUUUCUCUGUGAUGAUUGGACAGAUGAGAGACGUGGUAGGGGCGGCCACUGCGGGACAGACCUACUACCGCAGCUGCAUGGACAGCACAGUGAAGUACAUGAACUUCUACAAGAUCCCCAAAUCCGUACAGAACCGCGUCAAGACCUGGUAUGAGUACACCUGGCACUCGCAAGGCAUUCUGGAUGAGUCAGAGUUGAUGGUGCAGCUUCCGGACAAGAUGCGGCUGGACCUUGCCAUCGAUGUGAACUAUGACAUCGUCAGCAAAGUGGCGCUCUUUCAGGGCUGUGACCGGCAGAUGAUCUUCGAUAUGCUGAAGCGCCUGCGCUCUGUGGUCUACCUGCCCAACGACUACGUGUGCAAGAAGGGGGAGAUUGGCCGAGAAAUGUACAUCAUCCAGGCGGGCCAGGUGCAGGUCCUGGGUGGCCCCGAUGGCAAGGCGGUGCUGGUGACACUGAAAGCAGGGUCCGUGUUUGGAGAGAUCAGCCUGCUGGCCGUCGGGGGCGGGAACCGGCGCACCGCCAACGUGGUGGCCCAUGGGUUCACCAACCUCUUCAUCCUGGAUAAAAAGGACUUGAAUGAAAUUUUGGUGCAUUAUCCCGAGUCUCAGAAGUUACUCCGGAAGAAGGCCAGGCGCAUGCUGAAAAACAACAACAAGCCCAAGGAACAGAAGAGUGUGCUCAUCCUGCCGCCACGGGCUGGCACCCCCAAGCUCUUCAACGCAGCCCUGGCUGCGGCAGGCAAGAUGGGCAAGGGGGGCAAAGGUGGCAAGCUUGCCCUCCUCCGGGCCCGGCUCAAGGAACUGGCUGCGCUGGAGGCUGCUGCCAGGCAACAGCAGUUGCUGGAGCAGGCCAAAAGUACACAGGAAGCGGCAGGGGAGGCCACCACAGACCAGCCCGUGGCCCCCUCUGAGGCUGCCCCGGACCAGCCUGCGCCCCAGGAAACCCAAGACCCCCAGGAUCCCCAGGAGCCACCAGGUCCACCAGCCCCUCGCUCACCGCCGCCAGCCUCCACAGAGCAGACCGAGGGCGGCGGGGAGGUGACCGCUAUGGGCACAGAGGAGCCCUCGGUGCAGAUCCGCGUGAGCCCGGAGCCCAGCGAGCAGACGCUGUCUGUGGAGCAGACGAUGCAGGAAGAGAAGGAGGCUGAGGCAGAGUGAGGCCCAGCCCACCUCUGCCCAGGCUGCCUCCUGGUGCCCCCCAAGCUCCCACCCUUGCCGGAGGACCCCAGGUCUCCUGGACGGUUGCUAUUCUUAAAAAUAAAAUCACUUUCCACUUUCAAAGUUCCUAGGCAGAGAGCAGGCAGGGGGCUUUGACACCACAGGAAGCUCUGUUGCAGGAGCCAAGGCUAGGGGAUGCCCCGCAGGAGUCCUCUCGGGGCUGCAAAAACAGGAACCAGUCCACAGGAGACAGCUGUGCUGCGGGAGACGGCUGUGCUGCCUGAGUGAGCAUGGGCCACGGAAGUCUUUGGCUGGCAGUCGCUGUGAGGGACAUGAGGCUCCUAGGGUGGUCAGCGCUUAGCUUCCCUGGCUCCUUUCAGUUCCAUCCCACACCAUCUUCUCAGGAUAGAAAUGGGUUUAUUAGCAAGCAGCUGCAGCUCUUUGAAGUCCUGUAGAAGCAAGUGACUCUGACUUGUCACUUGCAAAGCCCCCUGCAUUGCCAACAGGGUUGUUUUUGACAUCCUUGCUAGAGAGAACACUUUGAUUAAUCCUGGAAGAUGGGAUCUCACAGAUGUGACACCACUUCAACUCCCUAAAGUUUCUGCAGGCCAACUUUUGUGAUGGGGGUGGAGUUCCGGGAGAAAGCAGUAUCCAGGCGUGAAUGUAUAUUAAGAGGGUUUUAUUUACAUCCUGAAUGGCUCUUGGGGGAGGGAAUGAUUAAAGAUGAAAACUAGUAUUGAGACAUUUGUUUCCACUGGCAGCAAAGGGCCUGGAGUUCCAGGAGUGCCUGGCCUUAUUCCAUAAAAUCAUAGGAGCUGGCAGUUGCUCCAGUGACUUUUAAGGGCUUUGUGUGUUUGCCCAUCAAUUUAAAAAAAAAAUUCAUCCCCAGGGUGGAAGAAAAUUAAACAAUUUGGGAGUUCCCAAGUUGGCCUAAGCAAUUCCACAUCCCGGGGUGAUGAAUAGCUUUGUCUAGCUCUUGCUGGCUUGCUUGGUCUGGAGAAUUGAAUGUAAUGAUGAUUCCCAUUAUUACUUUACUCCUUUAAAUAGUUUUUGUUAAUUUAAUAUCACAAGUACCCGUGUAAUAAUAUAUUUACAUGGGUACAAAUGGAUGCUCGCUAAAAACUCUCCGUCCUGCUUCCUUGGUGGCUUCCCCGAGAUAAGCACAGUCAGCAGCUUUUUCUGUACCCUUUCAGAGAGACUUUGCUAACUGAAGGAAAGAUGUAUAAUCUUCCUUAUUCUACUUCCUUAUUUUUUAAAGUCUUCACAACCUUUUAUUUGGCAGGACAUUAAGAUAGGUCAUCAGAAGCACAAGCAAAAACAAACAAACAAAAAACACUAGGUAAAAUGAACAAAAUUUAAAAUUGGAUGCACCAAAAGGAAACAAGAUGAAGUACAGGAUGGAAGAAAAUAACUGUAAAUCAUAUGAGUCUAGUAUUCAAAACUUAUAAAGAAUUUUGGCAACUCAAUUGUAAAAGACCGUUUUUUGAGACUGGAUCUCACUGUGUUGCCCGAGGUUGGCCUUGAACUCCUGGGUUCAAGCGAGCCUCCUGCUUCAGCCUCUCCAGUAGCUGGGACUACAGGUGAGAGCCACUGCUCUGGCCUUUUUUUUUUUUUUUUUUUUUUUAAAACGGCCUUUGUAAUACAUACUAGAGCCACUAUUAUUUUCCCUUUAAUCUAUUUGGUGAUUACUAUAUUCCCUGUGACUACCUAAAGGAUAUAUUUCUUUGUUCAUGACUGCAAUCCAGCCCAUUGUAUCAUGACAUUUAAACCACUCCGCCACUAGCGGGUAUUUGACUGUUUCCAGUCUUGUGCUGUUAAAAAUAAUGCUGCAAGAUGGGGGUAGUGGUACACACCUAUUCCCAGCACUCAGAAGGCUGAGGCUAGAAGAGUGCUGUGAGUUUGAAACCAGCCUAAACUGAAUUACAUAGCAAGACACUGUCUCAAAAAAAAAAACCCCAACCAAACAAAAAUCCACCAAAACAAAAAUAAUGCUGCAAUCAAAAAAUCAUAUACAAGAAGGAAAAACUCGGUAAUAGAGCAUUCAUCAAGCAUGUGCAAGGCCCUAGGUUUGAUCCCUAGAACUGGAAAGAAAAAAAGCUUGCAUAGACAUAAUUGGUACACAUUUUUUAUUUUUAUUAGUAUAUGCUUGCAGUACAUAAUGAUUACAUUCAUUAUGGGGCGUUGGUAUGUGCAUGUAACACAUCUUAAUUCUUUUACCUCCUCUUCCCCUUCCUCCAUCUCUUGGUCUCCUUCCUAUUUGUAAAGAUUUAUCUCCCUGUUUCCUAUUAUACAAGCUAUUUUUAAAUUGGGAAGUCUGGGAAUUUAGGCAGAUGUUUUCCCCCUCACAAUUCCAUUUGUCAAUCCCAUAUUUGCAUCACAUUUUCUAAAACCCAGGAGUAGAGAGUACUUCCAAUUGUAGCUAGUGUUCCAGAUAUUCCUAUAAAGUAAGCAUACUGCCCUUUAUAGAUGGCAAAAUGUUUCUAUGCACUUUCACCAUGAGAUCCUAUUUUAUAAGGAAUAUAUUUUUAUGUGAAUGCACUUUUUCAUUUAGAUAUCAGUCUCUCAGUGUAUCCCGCUUGUUACAUAAAGUGAGAGAUUCUUGUGGUUCCCAAGAAUUGUCCUGGAAAAUUGAUUUUGACGUAAGAUUAGCUGUGUCUUAAUUUCAGUGAGCUAUCUCAUUAAAUUCAGCACAUUUGCAAAGCCGAGAUAGUAGGUAAAUUGAAUUGAGGAUGAUAUUAUUCUCCAAAUUGCAUGGAGCCGGUGGGUCGUGGAAGCAGGAAUAGCAUUGCUGAGAAAUACUCUAAUUCUGCACUGAAACAAGACCUGCAGUUAUGUGGGUUGAAUCUCCCUUAAAAUGUCUCAGUGUGUCCUACAUUUUGGUAGAAAAUGAAUAGCAAGUUUUUAAAAACUAUAUAGUAAAUAUUUUAAAUAAAAUUAAAACCAAGAAGCUGUUUAAAAAUUCAUUAUCAAAAUGUGUUCAGCUACCGGGAAUAUUUUAAUCUGUUUUCUUAGUAAACGUGAAUGCUUUAUGUACACUUGGGCUUUUGUAUUACAAUGCAUUUUAAUUAAAAGUAUUUAGAAAAA